AUGCAUAUAAGCAAGAAGAAGCUCAUUUUACUAUUUGGAAUAGUCUUUUUGGAACAGAGUAAAUCUUCAACUCUCUCUCUCCCCAAAGUUCCCACUUGUGGGCAGAGUCCAGUGAAGUCACAGUCUUUGAAUUACCUGAACAUUUUCAGUCGCAUCGUUGGGGGAAGGCAAGUGGCAAAGGGUUCCUACCCUUGGCAGGUGUCUCUGAAACGAAGGCAGAAGCAUGUCUGUGGUGGUACCAUCAUCUCCCCACAGUGGGUGAUCACAGCUGCUCACUGCGUUGCCAACAGAAAUACUGUAUCAACUUUCAACGUUACUGCUGGUGAAUAUGACUUGAGACAUGUGGAGGCAGGAGAGCAAACCCUCGCCAUUGAAACCGUCAUCAUACACCCACACUUCUCUACCAAGAAACCAAUGGAUUAUGAUAUCGCUCUUUUGAAGAUGGCUGGAGCUUUCCAUUUUGAUCAGUUUGUGGGGCCCAUGUGUCUUCCAGAGCCAGGGGAACAAUUUAAGCCUGGAUUUAUUUGUACAACAGCAGGCUGGGGCCGCUUGAAUGAAAAUGGCAUCUCUCCACAAGUCUUGCAGGAAGUGAACCUGCCCAUUUUGACCCAGGAUGAGUGUAUUACAGCUCUGUUGACCCUAGAGAAACCCAUCAGUGGGCGGACCUUUCUCUGCACAGGCUUCCCAGAUGGUGGAAGUGAUGCAUGUCAGGGAGACUCAGGAGGUUCCCUCAUGUGCCGGAAUAAGAAAGGGACUUGGACUAUGGCUGGUGUGACUUCCUGGGGUUUGGGCUGUGGUCGAGGCUGGAAAGACAAUCUGCAGAAAAAUGAUCAAGGAUCCCCUGGGAUCUUCACAGAUCUUACUAAAGUGCUUUCAUGGAUCCACAAACACAUCCGAAUUGGUAAUCAAAGAAAGAGCUCCAGAGCCACGUGCAGUGAGCAGGAUCGCGUGGUCAGAGCAUCGGAGGGGGAGCUGCACUUCCCAGAAAGCCCCUUCCUAUAUUAUGAGAGCAAGCAACACUGUGCCUGGACCCUGUUGGUACCAGACGGAAUGCAUGUGCUCCUCAGUUUUUCCCACUUUGAUGCAGAGUCUUGUGACCAUAAUUACCUGUCGAUAUAUUCUUUAGAAGACACACUUAUUGCGAAAUUCUGUGGAGAGAGACUGGCUUCAUCAGUUCUUGUUGGCUCCAGCACUAUAAGGCUGAGCUUCAUCUCUGAUAACACAGAUUAUGCCGUUGGGUUCAAUCUCACCUAUAAAGCUGUUAAACCAAACUACCUUCCUGAUUCUGGCUGCGACUUCUUAACGAUCCUGUUUGAAGAAGGCCUCAUACAGAGUCCUCACUAUCCUGAAGACUACACCGACAUGGCCAUCUGCAAUUGGGUCUUUCAAGCCCCCAAACAUUACCUAGUUAAGCUUUCAUUUCAGGACCUAAAAAUAGAAGAAAAUGGAGACUGCACUUCCGACUAUGUGAGCGUGUACAGGGAUGUAGAAAGGAAGAAAGAAAUAGCUCGGCUGUGUGGCUUUCUUGUCCCCACCCCUGUGGUGAGCAUCACCAGGGUAAUGUCCAUCAGCUUCCAGUCCAAUGACAACGCGACCUUCAGAGGUUUCCAGGCUACAGUUUCCUUCAUUCAUGAAACAGGUAAGAGGACUGAGGUACCAACUCCGAGUCUCAUCCUCCUGAUGUGGUGGGCUUUGCAGCGCCACUCUCUCUCCCCCUUUCCAGGUCCCUUCCCAGCCAGACUGUGGGAGGCAGGAGGCCAUGGUCAGUUCUUGGCCAUAGCAGGUCAGUGUGCAGAUUGCCACCAAGCGUUGCUGGGAAGACCAGCACCCUUGCUCGCCGCUUCACCAAUACUUACCUGGGUGGUGAAAGCAAGCAUCCGUGACUUGGCCAACGGCUCCCCUCAGAAAAGGUCCGUCACCUACCUCGCAAGCUACCCUGCCUCCUGCAGCACCCCUGCGGACUACAACUUGGCACCACCGCAGCCGGUAGCCUUGCUUCACUUGCAUCACCACCUUCUUCCAGCCCGAGUGCCUGUGAGAGGCGAUGGGUAG